UUUUUUUUAAACUGUCAAGUCAAAAUGAAAGUGCAACAGACUUCCACAUGAGGGUGUGGUGUUUGAAGACAAAAUGCAAUGUGUCAGAGCAAUUCAGAUCACUUCACCGAGGCACAUUUCAAUUGCAGUACCUGCUACUCGUCUGCUGACAAAAGAAGGUUAAACUUAAACAAUACCUAUGAGCUUCUCUGCGAAAAAAAUGAUGUGAGAAAUUUCAGAAAAUUAUUCCUCCCAGUUUUCUACACACUGGCUUUCACAGUUGGAGUGGCUGGAAACUCAUUAGUGGUUGCAAUUUAUGCCUACUGCAAGAAACCCAAGACCAAGACGGAUGUGUACAUCAUGCACCUCGCCAUCGCUGAUCUGCUCCUGCUCUUCACCCUCCCUUUUUGGGCUGCAAAUGCAGUGCAGGGAUGGGAACUUGGAAACCCGAUGUGCAAGCUCACUUCUUCUCUGUACACCAUGAAUUUCAGCUCCAGUAUGCUGUUCCUGGCCUGUAUCAGUGUGGAUAGAUACAGGGCCACUUCUGAAUCCCAGGGCCGUGGAAGAGUUGGCAAACACUGCGGUGUUACCUGCAUCUGUGUCUGGCUGGCUGCCAUCUUCCUCAGUAUCCCUGAGCUGAUAUUUAACCAAGUCAAGAAACACAAUGAGAGGAAUGAAUGCCUUCCCGUAUUUCCAAUGAACAUGGAAACACUCUUAAAAUCAACCAUUCAAAUCCUGGAAAUUAUCCUGGAAUUUCUGCUUCCUUUCCUAGUAAUGCUGAUCUGCUAUUCCGCUACUGCUCGGGCGAUCUUCAGGUCUGCAAAUGUGAAGAAGUCCAGGCCUUUCAUGGUUCUGCUGGCAGUAGUGGCUACUUUCAUUGUCACCCAGCUACCCUACAACGUCGUGAAGCUGUGGCGAGCCAUUGACAGCAUCUACAUGUUGGUUACGGACUGUGGCACCAGUAAAACCAUGGACGUGGCGCUCCAGGUCACCAAGAGCAUCGCUUUGUUCCACACCUGCCUCAACCCCCUCCUCUACGCCUUUCUGGGCGCCUCUUUCAAAAUGCACGUCAUGAAAAUUGCAAAAAAUUAUGGGUACUGGAGAAGACAACAGCAGGAUGGAAGACCUGAAGAAAUUUCUAUGAAUCAUGAAGAACCUACUGAAGAAACAAUCAGUUUCACUAUAUAGGCCAUCCCUUGCUUCCAUCAUCUUACAGAACCAAGGGAAUUGUUUACUAAUUCCAGGGGGUAUUGUUUCUGCAGCUGUUUCUCUGCAAGUCAACUUUCAGAUUAAUUUCUGAACCUGCCAAGACACUACAGAGCACUUCAAAGUAGAAUGUGUUUAUCGGAAUCAAGCAAGAACUGAAUACUGAAACUAGAAACAAGCCAAGAUAUUUACUAAACAACAUCAAGCAACUCAAACCAAAAAACCCACCACAACAAAACCUAAAAGCACCCCCAAGAUUUAAAAUUCAAAGUGUCACAGUACUAGACAAUUAAGAAACUGCGUAAUGAACAACCUGUACAUAUCUAAGUAUGUAAUUAAAACAGAGAAAAAAAACCCAAACCAUCAGCAAUCAAACAACAGGAACCUUUGUACCAGAAGUUAAUAAUUGUGUGUUUCUCCAACUAUUUUGUAAAACUUUAGAACAUUUGCCUAAUAGUUCAGUUCCAUUUCUCAACUCAACUAUCAUUCAAUAGAUAUCCUUGCAGACUGAAAUGAAGUAUAAGCUUAUGGCUGAGAACUGAGAGGAAGAAAGAGGUGGGAAAAGCCAUUUUCUAUGUGUUUCUACAAAUGUAUAGCAGCAACAACAUCCUUCACAAAAACACCCCAGCAAUUCCUUUUCUAUAACUACAGAAAAAAAUGACCUUUCAUCUCUUCUUUCCUGCUCACCCUAAACUUCAAUAAGACCAGUACUCUAAGGGUGGCCCAGUCUAGAUUUUUGUAAAUGUAAUAAAAAGUUCAGGUAAUCUUCAGAUACAAGGCCUGGAUUUUCUAUUCAGAAUUUUUAAAAUUAAUCAAGCACUGCAAAAACUGUAUUUGCUAAAAUAUAUACAGAGAUACAAUAAAAUCAAAGAAUGGGAGAAGUGUA